AUGUACUAUUUAAAUAAGGUAUAUGGAGGAGACGACGGAUGGCCUUUUAUCGAGGAAUACGCGUACAAGGAACUCAUUGAAGCCUUGCUUCGGGAUGUGAAUGAAGAGGAUGGUAAUGCAGUCGAUACGAAGGAGACGAAUUUGGAGGAGCAAUCUGAAGCCGGGACUUCCUCUAGCGUUGUACAAACUGAACAGCACGAAAAAACCGAAGAAAGUAAACCCGAAGGCCACUCGCCACGUAGGCUCCAGCCAUGCUACGGCUGGCUUGACAGUGAUGAAGAGGAAGACAAUGAUUUCGUAUUCCUAAAGCCAUCAUCCUGCACGAAAAGAAAAUCGAGGUGGGAUUUGAGACCUGAUGAUCCUUAA